CAUACUUCAAUAGCCAUUGAACAAAUUCACAUCCUAUUCAUCUGAUUUCUCUGUGCAACAUUAAAAAGGUAAAAAGUCUUUUUUUUUUUUUUUAAUUACAACUCUAUCGGUAAAUGUUUUGAUAAAUUAAAUACGUAAUGUUUUGUUUACUAGGCAGAGUGACUUAUCGUAUGUUUUGAAAACGCAGCUUCAGGCAGUUCAGUAUAGAUGGAUUGUGUACGAAAGACAACCAAUAGCUAUUCUCGGAAUUUGGAUUUUGGAAUCCUGCGGCUAUAAUGAUAGUAAUUACAUUCAUAGUUUUACUGAUCUUGGAAAUUUUCAGGUGGUUUUUGUCUGUUUUUUUUUUGUUUUGUUUUUUGUUUUGUUUUGGAGAUUACAAAAUUGUCAGAGCUUUACACUAAAAUUGACAGACAAAAUUGGAAAUUUAGGCCAGUAUUGCAACAUUGAAAAAUAAUUUCUAUUUCAUUUAUUUUUCUAAGUGUCUUUUUUUUUGGCCUAAAUGUUGCAGUUAGUGAGAAUUUACUAAACUAUAGCAAAUUAAAAACUCCUAAGGAUUGUCAUAUUUUAAAUGCUAUAUUAAUAAAAACCUUUUAUUAGAGCUGAGCUGUAUUGUUACCAGGGUUCAAAAUUUUAACUCGCCGCAAGCCUUUGGCAAUUGAAAAUUUAGUCCUGGCAAGGAGAAAUUCACACCUGGAGGGUGUACUAUGGCUCACAGCGGCGAGUAACUUUUAAAAUCUGUCUUGUAGCAUAAAACUACAAAUUUUAAUCCUGGUUGUUAGUGUAAGAAUAUAAUGCGGUGUUCUGUUUUGUAGCCAAAAUCUGAUAUAAAAACAAGUUAACAUGUAGCAGGAAAUUUAAAACACCUGAGAUACCUCCCAACUCUCCCUUUUUAGGAGUAGUCCCUAUUUCUGGUCCAAAUCCCUUUGUUCCUCUUUUCUAUCCCAACGUCCCUCUUUUAUAGGAGCUCAGUAUUGUUUGUGUGUAUAACAGAGCUCCACGGCAAUAACAGCAAUGUGGUAUUAACCUAUAAAAAAGGUCGUUAGAAAUCACUAUUAACCCCUUAAGGACACAGCUUCAGAAGCUUGUCUUAUGCUUAAUGACACAAGCAAUUUUUGCAUUUUCUUGCUGUUUGCGUUCAACUGCAAUUUGCAUCUCUCUCAUUUAUUGCACCGACACAUAUUAUAUACUGUUUUUUAAAGGACAGAAAGGGCUUUAAUUUGAUAUAACAUAUAUAUAUAAAUGCUUACUUAUUAUAAAAAAAAUACAGAAAAAUGCAAAAUAAAUGAAAAAUAUUGUUUGUUUUUUUUACAGUUUUUGCAAUAAUAAUGUGUGCAUAAUUAGUGCAGGUUAAGGAAAGUAAUUAAAAAUAAAUUUAUUUAUUUGUUCUGAUUUACAGAAUAUAUAAUGUGUCUGGGAUUUUAAGUUUUUUUGGUAGUUACAGGUCACAAAGCACAAGGAGUAAAAUAAACUUUUAAUGUGGAGCGAUUUUAGAAUUUGGUAUGUUUGUCUUGUAAGCUUAAUAGCCAUAAAAGAAAACAAAAUUGCCACACAAAAGUAUAUAUUUAUAUAAAGUAGACAUCACGGGCUAUUUACCUAAGGUUGUUUUGACACUUUCUACGUAGCCAUUUCACCGCCAACCUCUGCUAAAUAUUGGAGUAAAAUUGUGUUCUUUUUGGUUUUUGGCACACAAACUUAUAACAGAGAAAUUCUCGUGUAUAUUUUGUAAAGUUGGUGUGUGCUAUUCCUGUACAAAGUUUUAUUUUGUGUUCAGUUACAUCUGCUGAGUAAAAUGACACCCCCAUUGUAUGUCUUUUGCACUAUUUCGUGAAGUUACAGUGCCAUACAGGAUACCUGUCCUUUUCAGUAUUCACAGUAGAAUUUUGAGAGAUGGAUUUAAUGAGCCUUAGCUUCCAUUUUGGGGUAUUAUAACAGUUUGACUGUUCAAAAACCCCCCACAAAGGCCUACCAUUUGUAAAAGUAGACACUCCAGGGUAUCUUAUAAGGUGCAUAUUGUGCCUUAACAUGCCCCCAUUUUUUCACCAAUAUAUGCCAAAGUAUGUGGUAAAAAAUAAUUUUGUGCAUUUUUUACAUACGGAUUGCAUUUUUGCUGGGCGUUUUGUAUAUUUCAUAUGUGCCACUAAGUUCAAACCCCCAAAUUAUGCUCAGCUAAGUCUUCUGAGUAAAAUGACACCCCAUAUGAAUGUCUUUGGCACUAUUUCGUGAAGCUACAGUGCCAUAUAGGAGACCUGUCCUUUACAGUAUUCACAGUAGAAUUUUGAGAGAUGGAUUUAAUGAGCCUUAGCUUCCAUUUGGGGUAUUAUAACAGUUUGACUGUUAAAAAACCCCCACAAAGGCCUACCAUUUGUAAAAGUAGACACUCCAGGGUAUCUUAUAAGGUGCAUAUUGUGCCUUAACAUGCCCCCAUUUUUUCACCAAUAUAUGCCAAAGUAUGUGGUAAAAAAUAAUUUUGUGCAUUUUUUACAUACGGAUUGCAUUUUUGCUGGGCGUUUUGUAUAUUUCAUAUGUGCCACUAAGUUCAAACCCCCCAAAUUAUGCUCAGCUAAGUCUUCUGAGUAAAAUGACACCCCAUAUGAAUGUCUUUGGCACUAUUUCGUGAAGCUACAGUGCCAUAUAGGAGACCAAGCCAUAUCCGUUUUUACCAAACUUUGAAUUUUGACGCUGGGCCUAUGUGCAAUUUCCAAGCAUCUUCGCAGGUUUUAAAUUCAAACUACCCCACAAAGGCCUACCAUUUCUUAAAGUAGACACCCCAGGGUGUUUCAAAAGGUAUAGUUUGAACCUUAGCGUGGGAUCAUUUUUCCGCUAGCUUGUACCAGAUGUAGUGGUAAUAAGCGUUUUUUCUGCCUUUUUGACAUAGAAAGUGAGUUUGCACAGUAUAUUUUGUAAACCUUAUGUGUGCUACGACUGUAUAAUACUUCAUAUGUUGCUCAGCUAUGUCGGCUGAGUACAGCAAUACCCCCGUAUGUACCUUUGCCAGGUAUGUGUGGACAUCGGAGGGGCACAUUUGGGACACAGCCAUUCCAGUUUUUUUCAAACUUUGAAUUUUUAUGCUGUGCCUAUGUCCCAUUUUAGAGUAUUUUACCAGGCUAUAUAAUCCAAAUUCCCCAUAAAGCCAUACCAUUUCUUAAAGAAGACAUCCCAGGGUAUUUCAAAAGGCAUAUUUUGAACCUUAGCGUGGGAUCAUUUUUCCGCUAGCUUGUACCAAGUGUAGUGGUAAUAAGCAUUUUUUCUGCCUUUUUGACAUACAAAGUGAGUUUGCGCAGCAUAUUUUGCAAACCUUAUGUGUGCUAUGACUGUAUAAUACUUCAUAUGUUGCUCAGCUAUGUCGGCUGAGUACAGCAAUACCCCCGUAUGUACCUUUGCCAGGUAUAUGUGGAUGUUGAAGGGGCGCAUUUGAGACGCAGCCAUUCAGUUUUUUUCUAACUUUGAAGUUUUACGCUGUGUCCAUGUUCCAAUUUGGAGUAGUUUAGACGGUUGGUUAUUGAAACUUCCCACAAACACAUACUAUUUAUUAAAGAAUACACCCUGGGGUAAUUCAAAAGGCAUAUUUUGAACCUUGGCGUGGGAUAAUUUUUUCUCUAGUUUGCUCCAGGUGUAGUGGUAAUGAGCGUUUUUAAAAUGUAUUUUUUUACUUUUUAUAACUUUUUUACUUUUAAAAACUAGUUUUUAAACUUUUGUUUUGCUUAUAAAUUUUUUUUAAACUUUCCUAAACUUUCUUAAAACUUUUUUACAGAUUUAACAUUUUUCUAAGCUUUUUUUUUACCGUUAACCCCUAACUAGCAGUACGCAGCAGUAACAGUAAAUUCCCCAUUUUCCCAUAACUCCCACCCACCCCAGCUAGCAAAAUAUAUAGUUAUAAAAUAUUUAAAUUAAUUAAUUAAAUAAAUUGAACCCCUGAGGGUUAAAAAAAUAAAUAAAAGUUAAUCCUCAGGGGUUAAAAAAAAUUAGAUCACAGUAUAAUACUGUGAUCUCUAUUUGAUCGCUGUAGGCAGUGAUCGACUGGCAGGGAAGGGGUUAAUUUUUAUUUGGACUAGGUAAAGUGUGUUUUUUUUGUUUUUUUUACUUAAAUGUUAUUAAAACAUUUUUUUAAGCUUAAUUUUUAACUUUUUAAAGUUUCUUUUAAAACUUUUUUUUAACGUUAACCCCUAGUUAGCCUAACGCCAAAUCCCCCAAUUCCCCACUAACUUCCACCUACCCCAGCUAGCUAAAUAUAUAAUUAAAAAAUAAUUUAAUUAAUUAAUUUAAUUAAUUUAACCCCUGAGGGUUAAAAAAAAAAAGAAUUAACCCUCAGGGGUUAAAAAAAAAAAAAUCAGAUCAUAGUAAAAUGUAAUCCCUGCCAAUUGAUCACUGUAGUCAGUGAUCAAUUGGCAGGGAAGGGGUUAAUUUUUUAUUAAAAUGGGUAAGGGGGGACUUUAAAUAAACUUUAUUUUUUUUUACAGCAGGGGGCAGGAUCAGCACUGAUCCGGCUCCCUGCACUUCACACAGAACCCGGAAGUGCAGGGAGCCGGUAGGUGAGUAUACAGAGCACAUGUGCUGGGCAGACUGACCGGGUGCUCCCGGUAUGCCUCUAAUGCAGAGGCAUACCGGGAGCACCAUUAACCCCGCGAUAGCGGCGAUCCGGGGUUAAUUUUACCGCGUGACGGACGAGGUCCGUCACCCGUCGUUAAGGGUCUCCCCUCUGUGACGGACCUCGUCCGUCACCCGUCCUGAAGGGGUUAAUAAAAACGAUUGGUCUUUGUAAAAGAUUAAUAGAUUGCAUAAAUUGGUCAAAUAAAAUUCCUCAGAACAGCCCCACCCCUGGUCACACCUCUGGAAUUAAAGUAUCUCUCUUUGUCCAUUCAACACAUUGGGGAGGUAUGCAUCUCUCAUCUAUAUUUAUUAUUCAUUGGCAGAAACCAGCUAUACUUGAUCAUACUCAUAGUGCUAAAAAGACCAACAUUUUGACCCAUCUGACUAACAGUUGAUUUACAGAUGCGCCUCACUUACCGACCAGGUUUCAUUCUUACGACCCGGUCGUAAAACUAAUUAGUCAGUAAGUGAGGCGCAUGCGCACAGGUGCAGGUCUAUGUUCAGGGAAAUUUCCCCUAACAUAGACAAGCGCAGCAGAGCAGUGAAUCCCACAAAUAUAUGUUCGGGGAACCUUUCCCAAACAUUGAUUAGAAGGAUUCCCAGCUCUGGUGCGUUUUUCUUGUAUCCCCAUUCUAGAGAGCUGGUCUUAGUGCGAGAGGUCGUAAAACAGGUAGGUCACAAAGUGAGGACAACCUGUAUUUCCUUUUUAAUCAACUGACCCAGUUAGAACACAUUUAUCAAAGAGAGGGAGAUUUAUCAAAGUGUUUAUUUUUGCCUGUGCCCCGUUGUGUCCCUUUUGUCCAACCUUUGUGUUCAUUCAUUUUAAUAAUUUUAACUUUUUCCUUAACGAUAUUGAGGAGUAACUGUAACAUUCACUCAUAGUACAGUUUCUGAGAUUAUCAAACCUGGUUAUUUCUCCACCAUCCCUAUAACAAAAGGAUGUCAUUAAAGGGACAUUCCAUUGCUCAGAUAAAAGAAAAAUAAAUAAAAUGACUAUUUAGUAAAAGUACCCCAAAAGUGCCCCCUGCAUGGUCCACCCUUGAUGGGCCAGCCUACUUGAUUGGGAGGCAGCCUGGUGUGCAUUCAUGCCACGUUGACAUGUCAAUUCUUUGGGCAGAUCCGCCUCCUUUCUGUCGGUUCUGCCCAUUUUGGCAGAGCCAGUGAUGUAAUUUGCUUCACAGGCCCCGGCCUUUUGACCCCUUCCACCGACAUCCUGCUUUACAGCACGGUCGGGAGGUUUGUAACAGGGUUAUUUACGAAAGUGGGAAUUGUCAGAAAUUCAAAGUGAAUUUCAAAUUUAAGGCCAAAAUAACCAAACUGGAAGCACAGUUGGCUUUCAGAAGUUCUUUAGCUUGACUGUUUUGGUCUUAAUUUUAAAUACGCUUUAAAAUCCAAACAAUUCUCACUUUUGUGCCUUUUACAGGGUUAUUCACUAAAAAGCUAAAUUUACCAAAGCCACAAAUAUGCGAGUACUGCAGCUUUGCUAUAAAAAUAUUUUGAAAGGGGCACUCCAAGCAACUACAUGCAGUGUGCACUAACAAUUAUACGUGUCAUCACAGAACACUGAAACUUGCCUUAGAGUUGCAGUUCAGCUAAUAACAUUCAUAGAUAGAAAGCCAACUACAAGUCACAAAAACUUUUUCUCUGAGCAGACGUGAGGUUGUCUCGAAUAUCACCUUUUUAAUCAAAAGGUGCCCCCACUAUCAAGAUUUUACGUAACCUCUGAAAUUAAAUAGGUUCUGAGCUGUCGCCAGUGGCAGAUGGUCUAUUAUGCCACCAUACCCAGAAAAACUGCAAUAAUUACACUUGCAGGGUUAAGGGUGGUGGGAGUUGGCACCCAGAUCACUCCAAUGGGCAGAAUUGGUCUGGGUGUCUGGAGUGUCCCUUUAAGAAAUUGCAGAGCAAGCUACUGCACCGUGACUCAUGCAAACCCUUGAGACUUUCUACGCCUGCACACAGAGGUAAAAUUAGCACUGCACUCAUUUCAUUGCUACCAUUACUCCCAACAGAGAUUUAGAAAAACAAAACAAAAUAUAUCAAUUAAAUUGGAAAAGUGAUUGAUUUAAAAUAAUUUUGUAUAAGUACGUAGUCAUCAGUUUGUUCAGAACAUUAACAAAUUAGGAUACAGGUGUUAAACCUUAGAGAUAACAACUUGUGUAGAACACACUAACCACUUCUCCGUCCUACAGGCAUUCUACCAUCUGCCUACGUAUUUUCUGUGGAGAGUAGAUUGUCACUGAGAGUAAGCAGAUCGGUUCUAUCUCCUCAUUUAGAUAUCUUCUGUCUUAAAAGACGUUUUAAGAAUACUACUUAAAAUAGAGUCUCUGUCAAAAAAUGUAAUUAAAGAGAAUCAACAAAAAAUAAUCACACACACAAAAUCUUUUUUUUAAAUCACAUCAACGAGCUGUCAUUUUCUCUACAGACUCACACUAAAUAUCUAUAUUGUGAAGUCAGUAUAACAUGAUAUAACAUGAUAAAUACUUUGUGUUCUUUUUUUAAAUAUUUAAAUUGUGACUCUGUUCCAUGGCAUCUGGAGAACUAGAGAUUGCCUUCUGCUUUAAGCCUCCCAACUGUCACGAUUUCGGCUGGAUAGUCCCACCCUCCCGACACCAGGGUACUGUACACAAGAAGCAUAGUGCAAAUGGAUCAUUCGACGCGGUCAGGCAAUGGUCAGGGCACUAAGACCCUGCAGAACGCACUGAAACAAUGCAUCUAGAAGGGCUUUUAACCCCUUAAGGACCAAACUUCUGUAAUAAAAGAGAAUCAUGACAUGUCACACAUGUCAGGUGUCCUUAAGGGGUUAAGCAAUGGUUUGCUUGUAUGUAAAAUACUCCAUCUUUUAGAUGUCAUAGUAAAAACAAAAGGGAAUUCUGAAACAAUAUUUGGGGAAAAUAUUUGCAACAAUAUUUGGGGAAAGCGGAACAUGCAUCUUGCACGAAUUUAAUUGCAUUUAUCACAUUCAUUUAGCAUUAUAUAUAUAUAUAUAUAUAUAUAUAUAUAUAUAUAUAUAUAUAUAUAUAUAUAUUCACAAUGCUCUUACAAACAGUUUAAAAACGGUUCAGCUUAUUUAGCACUAAAUAACUAUUUUAUUUGUCUCCCACAUUGGAAUUCGUGUAGGACCCACGGAUAUUGGGUACUGUGGCGUAGUGGUGGGCUUAACAGAUAGGCGAUUUUAAGUAGCCUUAUAGAAUUUACGUUAGAAAUGUACUCUAUGAAUGCGCUGCUACGGCAAUGUAUUAAAACACCAUCUAAUCUAUUGGGCUGGCUAGUUCCACCAAGAGGUUAAAUGUUAAUUUUUGUAAAAAAAAUGUUUUACUCAUAAUCUGUAAUGUGUAGAACAAAAAAAAAAAAGUUUUAUUUUUUAUUUGUCAUAUUAGCUGUACUAUUUUAUCCCAUGGAGUGUCCAUGUUCUCCUAGUGUCUGUUUAUUUAGCAGAGUUGUAUUAGCUCAAUAGCAGCAGUAAUUAAGAAUUCUUAAUCAGUGGUUUGCCUAUACAGGAACACAAUCCAGAAUGAGUUAAAAGAGAAAACUUUGUUAUACAUCAAAGGCAAAAUGGCUGCAUAACAAGAGAGAGAGAGAGAGGAAGUGAAGAAUGACAGGAAGAGAACUUCCUCUCUGGCACCACAGAGACUAUAGAUAACAGAUAGUAAAAUGUUACCAGCAGCACCAAGUUCUCCAGAUUUGGCACUAGCGAUUAAAUGAGGCAGUCACCAUAGAAGACAGCAUAACCAGAAGACACAUUGACUAGGGACUCCAUCUUGGGUUUAGACCACUUUGCAGCAGUAUUUGGGGACUAUAUUGAUGCUUUAGGGCAGACUGGGCUAGUUUAAGGGAUGUAUCUUCUGAUGUCGCACAAUAGAGUUAAUUAAGUUUAAAAUUAAUCUUCUAAUAUUCCAAGACUACUUAGUGCAGUCCCAGUUUGGGGUUCCUGGCCAUCUGCCCCAGGUUUCAGUUUCCCUCUGGUGGGGACACCAGAGACAGGUCCCUCAAUAAAUAGAGAGGGGCCGGCCCAUCCAUAGACCGUGGUGGAGCCAUGGCUCCAGGCGGCACUCUGAUAGCGGCGGCAUUUUGUCGCCCCAGUCAUCAUCUAAAACAGGAGUUCCCAACUUGUGGCGGCAGUGCAACUGCACUGCACGAGUUGGGAACCUGUGUAAGGGUCCAUCGGGUGGCCCAUGCCCCUUUAUCCUGCAUUGAGAGCUGGGAGAAAGUGAAAGCCUGUCACUUCCUCACAGCUCACACAAACUGAGACUGAGCUGCGCGGGAGGAGGGACCCGCGAGGAUGGGGCCAGACACGGAGAGCAGGCCCCCAACUCCAACCAGCCACAGAAAGCAGAAGGUAAGAAACUGUUGGGUGGCUUCAUUUUUUUCAUGUGUGUAGUGUGACUCUCUGUGUAGUGUGUGUGUGUGUCUGUCUGUCUGUGUAAUGUAUCUGUAUAUGUCUUUGUAUCUGCAUGUGUGUCACUGUUUGAUACACAUACUGACACACAUGCAGAUGCUCAGACACACAUACAGUUGCACAGACACACUGAUAUACAUGGAGAUGUACAGACACACAGAUACAAACAUUGCCACACAUGCAGAUACAUAGACAAACCUAUACAAUCACUGAUACAGAUACAGACUCACAGAUACACACACUGACACAUGCAGAUAGAUAGACAUUGUGUAUAAGUAAGUGUAUUGGCUGCAGUGCACACACAGACAGGCUACAUCCCCAGCACACAAACAGACACAGACUUCAUCCUCAGCACACAUACAGACACACUUCACAUAGAGCACAUACACAUUUCAUCUCCAUAAUGCACAUUUCAUCCCCAGCACUCAGAGACACUUCAUGCCCAACACAGACACACGUCAUCCCCAGCAUGUGCCUGUGUGUGUCUGUGUCCCCACCACACAUACAGACACACACUUCAUCCCAGAGCCCACAGACACACAUUUCAUCCCCAGCAAACACACAGGCACACAUUUCAUCCCCAGCAAACACACGGGUACACACUUCACCCAGCGCACACGUCACUCCAGGGGGACACACAUUUUAUCCACAGCAAACACACAGAGACACCACUGCCGAAGCAAAUAUAUGUUUUUGGAGGGGGCAGGGGGGGUGGGUCGAGGGGAAGGGUGCAGCACUUCAUCCUUGGACUUAGACAGGACAAAGUCUUGGUCAGGCCCUAAAAUGGAGCUUAAAGAGCACAUCAUUCUGUAAACCAACACAGAGUUAGCAGAUAUGAUGAUAUUUACUCUCUACCCCAAAACAUGUAUUAAAUAUUGCAUUGCAACUGUUUUAGUGCAAUGACGUAUAAGAUGCCCUGACAUGUAAAGUCCCACAAAACAUCCACUACUCUUUAAAAAAAACAUUACUUAUAGUAUUGAAAGAUAUGUUAUUCCUAAAAGAACAAUAAAGUCUAUGUUUACUUCCUGUGAACUAGAUACACAUCAGUCAGCCUUCAGAUCUUUGGGGCUUCCAGUCUUCCAAACUGUUAUGCAGGCUGCCCAAGUCAUAGUUAUUCAGGUCAUUUUCUACGUAUGAUAGGUUCCUCCAAAAGGACAUUCUAAGCAACAUAACCAUUGGUUACUGCCACUGCUUGCCAUAGUGCAUGUGUUGUCAUGAGUGCCCCAGCACUGUUCCUCAACUUAAUAUCAAACCAUGAAACAAUUUGACUCUUUUUGGUGCCCACUGACUCUCCACAUCUGGAUAAUGUGGAAUUAACACUUAGUUUAUCAGUGCCAAUUUCAUCCAAUCUGGACAAUAAUGAUCUGCUGAACGUUGUGAUGGUGAAAAUAGCCGAGCUACUUCUAGAACUUUUUUUUUUUUUUUUCAGAUCAGCUAUGGUUUCCUAAAUGUUGUCAUUCUGAUUUCACUUGCUAAAAGAUUUUAAAGAAUAACCCUCAGUAGUGUUCUGCCAGUAGAGUACUCUAUUUCCACUGGUUGUUCCAUUGAAGUAAGAUGAUCAGGCCAGAGGGCGUACACAGCAGUAGUUGAAGUAGCAGUAGAAGAUGAAGUCAAGAAUCCAAACGUGGUUCAUGCAUCAAACUCAAAUCAGUAGGAGAAAUAAACUUAGCAAAGCAUACACAGGAAGAUAAUCAGCGUGCCAACAUGCUACAGGAGAUGCAUAGAGAGGUGCCACGUGCAGAUCUUAGAACAGAAGGUAAGACAGAGGACAGCAAGUGGGCGUUUUUUUGUGUGUACGUUUUGAAAAAGAAAACUGCAUUUGCACAUUUCAUACCAAGAAUUAAUCAUCAGGAAGAACAGUAUUUUCUUCCUUCCUCGAUACCUCUGCUUCAUUCUUAAUACUGGUUGCCACAUUUUGAUGACGUAAUUUGAAUGGACAGCAUUGUGCAACAUCAAAAUCUCUAAAUAUAUUUUAUUUUACACAGCAUCAAACAUGUUUCACUCUGCUGUAAACAAAGCAAAACGGAUGAACAAUCUGUUACAAACAAGACACACAGACACAAGAAGUCAUUAACGAAAGCCAUGCUUCAAUAAAUCCAGAUAAAGUAUCAUUAUACCAGAGCUAAAGUGCAAAGUAUCCAAAGGGGAAAAGGAAUUGUCAGGUGUAAAAUGUAUCUAAGUAAACAUAUCAAUGUGUGUGUUGCGUGAGACAGAUGGUGAAGGUUAUAUAGGGUGAAACCAAAGUGUGCACUUGGUGGGAAUUUGGCAAAGUACUGUAUUUCAACAAGCUAUCAUAAAUAAGAGGGUUUUAGAGAAUUAAAGGACUGUAGACGACUUCACAGAUGUAUUAAGAGACUAAGUAGAAACAUAGAAUGUGACGGCAGAUAAGAACCAUUCGGCCCAUCUAGUCUGCCCAAUUUUCUAAAUACUUUCAUUAGUCCCUGGGCUUAUCAUUAAAGUUAGGAAAGCCUUGUGCCUAUCUCACGCAUGCUUAAACUCCUUUACUGUGUUAACCUCUACCACUUCAGCUGGAAGGCUAUUCCAUGCAUCCACUACCCUCUCAGUAAAGUAAUACUUCCGGAUAUUAUUUUUAAACCUUUGCCCCUCUAGUUGUGGUAGCAGACAGGUGCUGCUAAUAAAAUGCCCCUAACUAAUUGAUCAUCAGCAAGUGUGACCACCUCUAUAAAAAAAAAAAAAAAAAAAGGUUUUGCAGUUUGCUAAUCUGGAGCAUUCAGGUGUGCGUUAAUACAAUAAAAAACAAAUUAAAUAAGUUACUUGCGCACUAUUCCAAAGCCCUAUGCAUAUUUAUAUAAAUGGAGGUUAUUUAGUAACUCCAAUGGUCAUUAGAUGUAAGCUCACCUGCCACGUCAAGGCAAACCUCUUGGGGGGGUCCUAAACCAACAAUUCACCUUGAGCUUCAGGUAAAAGAAAAUCUCUGAUGAGACAGAAAGGGGUAUUCAUAAAGAUGAUAUCUUUACAAAACACUGAAAGUGACAGAUGCUUUAAAAUGGGUAGUAUGAUCUUUGUGGAUUACAUCAUAGCAUGAAUAAAUCACCGAAAAUCACCUAGCUUCAUGUAGUGAAACAAGGUCACUCAGACAGCCGCUAGAGGUGCUUCCCAAUACAUUGUGCAAUAUUUGCAGAACAGAUGUUUGGUUCUCUCAUACGCCAAACUCGUGCCAUAGAGAUGCAUUCUGGCUGAAUCCAAACCAAAUUCAGGCCCAUUCAGAGCCUGCUGCACAGAAUCCGGAUAUUGGUAAAUAGUGGGAAUGAACAAUAGUAAUAGAAUGGCUCUGUACAGAACCAAAUUCUUGCCUCAUUUGGACUUUAGUAAACAGAUCCCACACUAAUCCUUCAAAUUAUUCAUCCUGCAAACAAAGUUAAAUAAAGUGAGGCUUGCAAACCGCAACAUGCCCUUUAAAGGGACACUAUAGUCACCACAACAACUACGGCUUAAUGUAGUUUUUCUGGUGUCUGUAGCCUGUCCCUGCAGGCUUUUUAAUGCUUUCAGAGCAUUAAUUCAAUGCAUCUCUAUGUGGAGAUACUGAUUGGCGCAGCUCUGCAUUUUGCUGCGCAUGCCCAGUAGCUUCCCAAUGCUUUCCUAUGGGAAAGCAUUGGAUUGGCUGAGAUCAUCAAGAUUCAUGAUCUCAGACAGAGAGACGGGGCCAACCGCGGUGAGACCAGAGCAGAGCUGGAAAAGAGGUGAAUAAAAAUCACCUUUUUUAAAGUAAAGAAAGGGGGUUGGGGACCUAAAAAGUAAUUUUACCACUUUGGUGUUUGGAAUACAUGUUUGUGUUCCUGACUCUAUAGUAUUCCUUUAAAGGACCACUAUAGUGCCAGGAAAACAUACUCGUUUUCCUGGCACUAUAGUGCCCUGAGGGUGCCCCCACCCUCAGGGUCCCCCUCCCGCCCGGCUCUGGAAGGGGAAAGGGGUAAAAACUUACCUUUUUCCAGCGCUGGGCGGAGAGCUCUCCUCCUCCUCUCCUCCUCCGUUACGCCCCGUCGGCUGAAUGCGCACGCGCGGCAAGAGCUGCGCGCGCAUUCAGCCGGUCUCAUAGGAAAGCAUUUACAAUGCUUUCCUAUGGACGCUGGCGUGCUCUCACUGUGAAAAUCACAGUGAGAAGCACGCAAGCGCCUCUAGUGGCUGUCAAUGAGACAGCCACUAGAGGAUUAGGGGGAAGGCUUAACCCAUUCAUAAUUAUAGCAGUUUCUCUGAAACUGCUAUAAUUAUGACAAAAUGGGUUAACCCUAGAAGGACCUGGCACCCAGACCACUUCAUUAAGCUGAAGUGGUCUGGGUGCCUAGAGUGGUCCUUUAAGUUAAAGCGAGUCUGUCACAUCUGGAGGUUUUUAGACGCAAAAAAAUAAAUUAAGAAAAUAUGACUACAAGUCACCAAAGGGCUGCGCUGCUCAGUUUAAAAAAUAACUGAAAAAAAAAAAAUCUAAUGUUUCAGUUUUUUGCUUCCAGACAAGUCGUUUUUUAAAAACUCUUGCAGUGCCAUAUGCACAGCUCAUGCUCAAGCCUUACCUACAGCAUGUCUGUGUAGAUGCCAAACAGUGCAUAUGUACAGUGGAGGUAAGUAGUUACCUCCACUGUAAAUACUUACAAGGCGGUUAGUAGUUACCUACUUACCGCUUUGUUUGUCCUGCUAAAUGCAAUGACAUUUACUGGGUGACACAAGUAACUCUUACAUACAGAAAAGUGACAAAACCACAGCAUGUGGGGUAUUUCCAAAAUCACUAUUAAAAGUGUUUUGAUGUAUUUUUUGCUUAACCUUAUUACCAAAACUGUAUUGUAACUAUCUUUUUAUUUUAUUUUGGUUGUGCGGAUUCAUACAAUAAAAUCAGCAGCUGUAUAAACAUUAAGUACCAGGAACAGUGACUAUCAUAUUGCUGAGCUGAAGGAGGAAACCUCCUUAGAAAUCUGUUUGGUAUAAUGUAUAAAUCAGGCAUAGGCAACCUUCAGCACUCCAGAAGUUUUGGACUGCACCUCCCAUGAUGCUUUGCCAGUAUUAUGGAUGUGAGAGCAUUAUGGGGGAUGUAGUCCACAACAUCUGGAGUGCCGAAGGUUGCCCAUGCCUGGUAUAGAUAAUAUAUUGUGCUCUAAAAAUCUCCCAUAAUGUCAUUUAAAUAAAGGGCAACUUGUCCUGACAUGACAAUUUUACAAAUGAUUGAAUAGUAACUGGAGAAUGAUCCUACCACAAUGCAAUACUUACACGUAUUUACUAACAGUAGUCCAAAACCCUCCCUUGAACUCAGGAGAGGAGACAAAAAAAAUCUAAAUAGAGACUCAAGCUUGCAAGUUUGGAUGGACUCAUUUACAUCCCUUCUGUGGGCUGGAUGAAUAAAGCUGCUGUUAAAACGUGUGCAAAAGGGGGCAGGAGUCCUGAUGUCACAGGGGUGUGUGGUUUCAAUGAGUCUGAUUUCCUUUUCUUAUGCAAACCUAUCAGAAGCAGAGCCAGAACUGCCUGUUAACCCUGUCUGCAUGGGGGCUGGUCUAAAGACUAUCUAGCUCAUGCCUCUCUGCCUACUAGCAAAUCCCAGAAAAGAGAAUUGCUUCCGUGUUUAAUUGCCAGAAUUGAGCAAAGGGGGUGAGUAGUGUUGGGGGUUCUGAAGGAAGAAAUGGAUCUGUAAAAAGCAGAGUAGCUUCGUUCUUGAUUGAUAACAAGUCCCAAGAGAAUGAUACUUUGUAACCUUUGCUCCCAGCUCUGCUACUUUCUUGCAUAAACUUUUCUUGGGUAUAAACAAUCAAGACUUGGCUGUGUGCAAAGAGUUUUCCUGUUGUGUUUUUGUCCUUCAAGUUACUCCAUAGUAGCAAUGAAUGGGUUAGCAUCAUGGUUUGAGAAUGUAGUCCUCGAAUUGCAACAAAACUUUUCUUUGGUUGUUGUCGGUGCUCGCUUCUCUAAGAUGGUUGAAAUGUUGAACUUGAUAAAUGUGAUCUAAAUAAAUGAAUGUUUAAUUGGUUAUCUGUUGGCACGUGAAUGGUUAAAUCUCCUAGUUUGUUCAGUGAGCCAUUUAUACCUUGUACUGAAAUGAGGAAAUACUUUCUCUGUGAGGUGCCUGGUAAUUCACUAAGUCAGGUGGCACUCCGGUUCAACUACUUUGGUCUGAAAUUUGUAAUUCACUUUACAUUUUCACUUUGAAUAAUUUUAUUUAUUUAUAUAUAUAUAUAUAUACACACACACAAUUAUAGAGUGUGUGUGUGUGUGUGUGUAUGUAUAUAAUAUAUAGACACACACACAUAUAGAGAGAGAGAUGUUAAAGGAACAUUUUACGCACCAUAACCACUACAAAUCAGUGUAGUGGUUAUGGUGAAAAGAGACUCUGGGAUCCAGGGGUUCAUAUUUAUUUUGAUUUGUUGAACUGCUUUGAGCAGUUUGCCAAAAAUAGGUCUCUCUCUGUGACCCAUAGCUUGCUCCUGUAAUGGUGCAUUAUGAACAUCUCUUGCGUCCAACUUGGACAUUGAUUGGCUGAGAUCGCCAGGUAGGGGCUCGUCUAAUGAUCUUGGCGUAUCACUACUGUCCUGUGACAUUAGUGGAACACUUACCGAUCCUUCAAGGAUAGUGGCCCUACAAGUCAGGGAGGUCAUGUAAAUAUUUAAUUACUAUCACAUAAGUUAAUAUAAUUUAGCUCCCGAUGAUAGAUGGCAUAUCCAAUGCAUAGGUAGAGUUUGAAUUUAUUUAAGUGAUGGUUUGAUGUUAAAGUUGUAUCAGGGAAAUGGGUACGCUGUGAUCGGCUGAAUAUUUGUUGUUUUGUUUGAGAUGUUAUGGUUGAGGGGAGUUUUUGAUUUUUAUAUUAUAAUGGCUUGUGGUGUUUCAGGUUGUAGUUCCCUAUAGAUUUUCCCGACGCGUAUAAUUUUUUUUGUGUGUGUGUGUGUGUGUGUAAAGCUUGAAAUUGUUGCCUGACAUAAUAUGGAAUUCAUGUACUCUCACUGUGAAACCAAGUAAAGGGUUACUUCAAUUAUCAUGACCACGUCAAUGUUUUGAAGUGGUUAUGGUGCUUGGAGUAUGCAUCACCGUUUCAGUUUAAAAUGCUGCACAUAUGCAAUUAAAACACUUUUUUUGUCAUAUAAUAUAUGAUAAUACCACCUACAGCAAUAUUAUUUAUCAUUAGUCCCAGGGUGGCUAAUGUUAAAUCCAUGCAUGUUUGGCAUAUGUAAUUUAUACACUUGGCAUCCUGGUGACAGAUGACCAAUGACCCCACCUCUGUGCUAACCAAGUCCCCCCCUCAACCAGUCCUCCAGAACAUCUCUUUCCCUGUAGCAAGGGGGAGUGACAUCACCAUACUGGACUAUAUUGACAUGGUCUGGGUACAGUGCCCCUGUCAAUUUAAUCCCUACAAUUGUAAUUAUUGCAAAACUGCAAUAAUUACAUUGCAAGGUUGACUCCACCUCUAGUGCCUGUCUACCAGACAGUCACUAGAGGCACUUCUGGGUCAUUAGGCGACUUUUGGUCGGCUAACUGAUGCUGGACGUCCUCAUGCUUUGCAUAGAAAAAAAUAGUUUGGGCACUUUCAUAAAAUAAAGCUGUUAUUGUUCCAAGGGGUGCCUGGCGCUGGCUCACUUUUAGGUAUUUAACCAAUCACAAACAGUUUAACUUUAAAGUCUGUGUUUCAGCACCAGGUCGCUCUGUCCCCCUGUCCUUUUACUUUGUGAAAUCCUAGAUAACAUGCAGCCUAUCCCAGUACACCUAUCUCUCUGUUAGUUCUAUGGAAGAGGAUGAAAACCUCAAUCAAAGAGCCAAGGAGCUGUUACUGCCUCAAUUUUAAAAGUGCUGAUUUUCUAUAGAAAUCUGCACUUUCAUAAACAGCCACAAAUGUGACAAACUCCAGAUACAUAAUGCACUUCAGCCAUCAUAAGUGCUUUAUGUGUCUGGAGUGUCCCUUUAAAUCGAGAGGGAGGAAUGGAAUUCAUUGUUAAACAAUUUGUGAGCAGUUUAACACUGAAUGACAGUAUCUUGGAUCCCUAAACCCCACCCCCAUUGGAGGUACAGCCAAAGCAGAAAUUACACUUCCUUGUAGCUAUACUGAUUCAAAUCUGCAAUGGCACUGUAAUGGGCUGAAUGCAGUCAGCCAAUCACAGCCACCCAUUACUGGUCAGACUAAUGCUUCCUCAUUAGCCCAAGCAGCACAAGGGGAUGAAUUGCUGGGGACUCUUGUUUAACAUUAAAACAUUUAAAAAUAGUUUCAUGCUGAAUGGAAGGAUAGUACCAGGGGACUCCAGGCACUAUAACCACUUCAAUGAGAUGAAACCUUUAUGGUGCCUACAGUGUCCCUUUAAAUGAUGAAACCGGGUAAAUUAAAACUAAAAUUUAGGCCAAACUAUCAAAGCUGGGAAAAUAUUUAAUAAACAAUUUCUCUUACAGCUUUUUUCAAUAUUUUUACAAUUAAUCACAAGUUACUGUUUAGUGACUAAACCUAAUAUUUUUUUUAAUUCUUAUUUUUUAAUUUUUUUUUAUUUAUUUAAGGAAUAUGUUUAGUACUGUACAGAGUAAAGGCUGUGUUUACAAUAACAUCUCAUUCGAUGAAGCAACAAUCCAAAUAAAUUGAAACAUAUAGGACGUGUGCAACAGUUGCAUAGUUUCCAAUGCUAAUACAAUAGAACUUUUCUAUAUGAAAGUCUAGUCCAUAAAGGGACUAUUAUAUUAUUAUUAUUAUUAUUAUUAUUAUUAUUAUAGCGCCAACAGAUUCUGUAGCGCUUUACAAUAUUAUUAGAGGGGGGAUUUAACUAUAAAUAGGACAAUUACAAGAAAACUUACAGAAACGAUAGGUUGAAGAGGGCCCUGCUCAAACGAGCUUACAGUCUAAAUUCAGCAUUAAGUGUUAGAUGGGUACAACAGAAAAGGAAACAGACCAGCAUCAAUUAGUUUGAGUUACUCUGAGAGAGCUGCAAUAUUAAAACAGAUAUCUCCGCUGGUAGUCUGUAGAACAUCAAAGAAAGCGAAGUUCAGCAAUAUAAUCCCAAUUCACCCAGUAACCGGACGAUACACAGUUAUGGGAGUCAACUGUUUAAUGGUAGCCACACACGGCCUUUUAUGUGUGUCCCCAUGUAAGGGGUUUACUGUAACACAUUCCAGGGGCAUUCCCCACUGGACCUGAGUGGGGACAGUCACAAAGUACACAACAUAAUUACAUUACCUCUCAGGUCCAGGACAUGUACAUUAAUAAACACCCCUUUUACAAUACGGUACCUCCUCAAGUACUAUAUCCCUGGGUAGCCUGGAUCUGAGCGCCCAACAUAUCUCGAAAGCACUCAGAUUUCCUGUAAUUUUGGAUUACAGGGCAAAGCCACCAUAUAAAUUGAAGGCAUUAGAAGAGGCAAUUUGUUGAUCUUGGCAGUGGUGUAGUGCCACCUUAAGAUUCUUUUGUAGCUACUUUCUUCAAUAUUAUUGCUGAUGGUAGAUUUGUGUAUGUCAAAGAGCAUUUUUCUCCUGUCUUUGGGGUCAAUAAUAUAUUUAGGUCAUGGGCCCAAGAGGUGGUAAAUUUUAGGUAAUCUGUUAUUGUGUUCAUUCUGGAGAAGAUAGAAAGACGUGUUUUUUUUUCUUCUUAAUUCUAUGUGUCGAGCAUUGUAAUUCAAAGCUUGAUCACCCUUGAGGAGAUUUGAAUUAGUUUGUAUAAGAUGUGUUAAUUGAGUGUAACGGUAGGUUGGACAUUGCAUAUCUGAGUUGGCAAAGGUCUUAUCCCUUCGAUGUUAAGGAUAGAGUCUAGUGUGAGAUACUCAGUUUUGUGGAAGGCUUCGAAUGCUCUAAAUGUUUCCUGGUGGGACUGUUGUUGUUUUUUUUUUUGUUAAGAGAUAAAGUGGUGUUGGUUGGGGGGAUAUUUGAUUUAGUAAAUAUUUUAGAUUUUUUUUUUUUUUUUUAAAGUAAAAUUAAAAUAAGAAGCGAUCCACUUUGUUCAUGUAACCAGUUUAUCCAUUAGUUACUUAUCAUGACAUUACAAACAACUUAUUAAAUUUAAGCCAAAUGGUCGGAGUUCCCAAGCAAAUUUACCACCUCUUGGGUCCAUGACCUAAAUAUAUAUGCUCCUUCAGACCCUCUCUCCCCAUACAAACAAAUUCCUAGCAAAGUAUUUACUCAAUAUGGCUAAAAUGGUAAUCUUUGUCUUCUAGUCACACACUAGCAGUGGAUAUCCAAGGCUGAGGAGACUAGGCUUCCCUCCUCUAUGGGGAAGGCAGCAGUGGUCUUGAAUUUUGUGCCUGGUGAUUGGUAGCCCAUAUACGAAAAGUGUUUGGCCACUGGUUAAUUCAACUAUAAAUCGUGUAGGCUGUCCCAAUGGAUGAUUAGUGACAACAAAUUCUCCCCUUUAAGGUAAGAUCAGUCUUCCUCAUGUACACUAGACCAUAAGGAUAUGACCGCUUGUAUAUUACAAUAUAGAUUGAACAGGUUACAGUUUUUUGGGGUUUUUUUGUAUUUAAUUUUAAAACUCUUAAAAGUAUAAGGAGUUUGACAAUAAUUUCUGUGUAACAUGUGCCCGUGUAUUAUACACCAUAGACAGCAGAUACAUCCUAUGUUCUGAAACUCCUUUGAGGAUCAUAGCAAUGAAUAGGAUCCUUGCGAGCCCAUAGAUAUGGUUUUUACCUAUUUUGUAGCAUGAUAUGGGUGGGUCUCAGUUAGUGAGUUGCCAUUAUAUUUUUUCACAGGUAGAGUGUGGAGUUUGUUCUGUUGGUGUGGUAAACAUGGUUAGCAAUUUUGGGACUUACGAAACCGGGUGCUGAUGCCUUUACACUUGUCCGUGCUUUUUGCAGUGUUUUGUUAUUGUAGUCUUUUUGAGAGAACGUGGACUGCAUAAUUUUGAUCUGUUAUUCUUCUUAGACCUUAUUUCUGUAGACUCUCAAAAAUGUACACUAAGGGCAUAUUGUAUAAUAUGUAUGCCAGUUUGUCAUCUUCGUUAUAGAUACAGACAUCGAAAAAGCCUACUCGUUCUGUAUUGGCUAUUUUGGACCAAAGAGCUUAAGGAAUGCUGAAUCAUGCUCAAUGUUUCCUCCAUUGUAUCUUUCCAAGCCAUUAAAAUGUCAUCUGUGUAUUGAAAAUCGGCAAUGAAUGAGUCCUAAAAGAAGUUAAGAAUGCGUUCCUCUUCAAUAUAAAUAUAUAUCUCCUAUAGCAAACAUGGAAUCUAUCAAUGCUUCCUUGGACGUUUAGUUGCCUCCACCAAUGGUGGUAUUAUAGAAGCAUCACUCUAAUGGCUGGAUAUCAUAAUCAUAUUGGACAUUUACAUGCAGAAAUGACACAAGUAAUCUCUAAAUAUUUAACUCAAUGUCCUCCCUCUCCUUACCAGAGAAUUCAGUUGUACUUUUGACUUGUGAUGUGAAAAGUUUGUAUAUUAUCAUUCACCAUGAUGUAGGUGUGGAAGCAAUGAGGCCGAUACCCGUAUCUUGAGAAAGCUCAUUUGAAUGAGUGAAACGCGUAGAUCGUGUUUCUGGCGGGAUUUUUGAAUUUGGAGAGAUUGCAGUAAGAUUGGCUAGUUGGCUUCUCAGUGAGGAUCGAUCUGAGUGCACAGGACCGGUCUGGAAAUUACAUCCACGGAGCGGUAACUUUAUAUUCAUCAGCCAAUAUUCUGCAUUUCUACGUUUUUAUUGUGAACCUUAGAAAUAAGUUUCACCACUUUUAAUUGUUGGAUACAUAUAAAGACAAAGUCUUUUUACACCAAUUACUGUUACAACUAUCAAAUCCCUGCGGACAUUUGAAAACACCCCAUGAAGAUUGAAACUGGGACUCUUUAUUUAAUUUAUUCAAUAUAUUUUUGUUGUUGACCCAUAUACAAAAAAUAGGGGUAUAUUAACUAAGCGCUGGUACUCUUAUUAUUGAUGUCGGAAUUUUAGAUCCCUGGUUUGUUUCCGCAACCUGUAAUAUUUGUUUUUUCGUGCCUCACAUAACAAGAAGAUUGCUCUACCUUCUUUCACUCUUUUUCUGGAUUUCUGGUUCUAUUUAUCCUGGUCCUGUUAUUUCAGUCAUCUUAUUGAGAUAGUCCUUGUGCUACCAUAAACUUCCUUGGCUUUUAGGAGAUUAACUUAAAUUUUGUUUUGGCUAAAAUAGCCAAACUGAAAAAUAGCUGUCUUUCAUUUUGAUUAGCAUGGCUAUGGUGGCCUAAAAUUUUAAAGUCACUUUGAAUUCCUUAAAAUUCACCAUAUAAUAAAUAACCCCAAGAGUAAAAUAUUUUUAUUUUUACAAAACAAAUUCCAUAAUGUGAGACAUUUGAUCUUAUUAAUUAAAGUGCUGUGGUUAUAUGAAAAUUGAGUUGCGAAAUAGACAAAAUUAAUGAACAGUAAUUUGUUAUUUUGAUCCAUGUUUUGUAAAUUUGGAUUUAAAAAAAAAACAAAACUAUAAAACUCUGAGACAUUCACUUAACUGUGAAGUCUUGGGAUUUGGCCAGAUUUUAAUUAUUAUUAUUGGCAUUUAAAAAGCGCCAAUUUAUUCCACAGCACUUUACAAUAUUAUAAAAGGGGGAACUUUAACAAUAAAUGAGACACUUACAAAAUGUUACGGGAACAAUAGGCUGAUGAGGACCCUGCUCAAACGAGCUUGCAAUCUAGAGGAUAAUAUCAAAACUGAAGCCAAAAGAACCAGCUAUUUUUUCCUGUUCUUCUUUUCUUACCUAAAAUCGCGAAACUGUCAGGAAAUUACAUUCGGGGUUUUUUUUUUUUUUGUUCAGCCCAAAGGUUAGUUUUGGGAUUGAUUGAUUGAUUUAUUUUAUUUUUUUCAGUCUUGUGAAUAUAAUUACUGCGAGAGGAGCUUGGAUUGUUACAUAAUUGUGAAUGCAGUGAGAAGCAGCUGGGAAUCUGUCUCUUGAUUAUUAUUUUAUCCAAUUGCAUUUCCUAUGUGCUCAAUAUAAAUAGUUCAAUAAGCAAUCUGGAAGAAGAAAAAUGAUUUGGAUUUUUUUUUUGUUUGAUAUGAAGUGAUGAAGUGUCAGAAAUGAAUCUAUUAUGUCUACAAUUCUGGAUUCCAUGGUAACUUUUUCUCCAUUCAAUGAACGGAGACUCGUCAAAAUAAAUAUCAAUACUUGACAACAAAUUAAAAGGUGUGAAAAGAUUUUCAGACGUAAAAAUAUGCACUAUCUUUCUUUAGUUUAAUGGACCAUUUCCAAUCAGUUUCAAGGACCGACCCACAUACUCACAAAUCUCAUCUGCCCACACAAACAUAUGGUGGGAGACGGCAAGAUAGGGAAUGCAGUAAAUUCACAGCUUGGAUUUCAUGGCCUCGUGAGCUCCCCCCUUCUUAUUGAUUAGUUAAUACUGUCAAAAACAUAGGAUAUCAGUCAGUUCUCAGGACAAGAAUAAAUUGCAACAUUUCAGGCAUUUAUGACAUGAACUAAGGUGGUUUAAUAAGUGUCUCUGUUAUCCUGAAAGAGCCAUGUUUGAGAAGAAUCCAACCUUUGGAUUCUUGAAUUUUACAAGACAAAAGUGUUUGAUUUGUGGAUCAGAAUCUUCUGCUGUUGAGCUGUAGGUGGCACUAUUUAAUGAUGAUAAUAAGGGUGCUUCUACAAAACGAAAACACACUCCCCUAGAACAUGAGAUGGCUGGAUGAUAUUGUUUAACGGAUCUCACAGUCCCUAUUAACACAUAAAAGCGGCAAUGGACUUGUGUCAUGACGCUCAAGCACCUUCAGUAUCCACAAAACAUGAUGGUUACCACCUUUUAAGCCUCAGAAAUUUUGUUCCAUGCCUGUACUGAGGACCAAGAGCAAACAUUACGGUUUCAAUGAAUUGACAACUGGAUUGCAAAAAUAACUGACUUGGAAUCCUGCUCCAAUUCUAUAUAGUCUGCGCAGUUAGGUUUUCAUAAACCCCCAUAUCUUAAGUUUACCUAUUCACCUUAGUCACAUUGUCCUAACAAAGUCACAGAAUGUUCCACUAUUUGUGUCCAGUUAUGGGCCUUAUUUAUUUGAUAUUCGAAAACUUGCACUAAAAUUCCAGCUGCUGUGUCUCAUCUGAGCAUUCCCUCAAUCCUUGAAAUCCAACUUAUAUAAUUUUAUAAUGGUUGGCUGGGCAGAGUGUGGUUUAUUAAAGGGGCACAUUAUGUACCAUAGCCACUACAGUUUAUUUAAGUUGUUUUGGUGCAAUGAAUCUAUCUACGUAAAGUAUGUUAGUGUCAUAUCUUCUUCCCUACAUGAUCCAUGUGCCUUAUAUAAUACAUUAUCUAUAAGACAUUUUAGAAUUAAACACUCCACUAUUUAUUAUGAUGUUUUUUUGAAGCAAACGAACUGGUUAAGCUGGUCUUUGGAAGAGUCAUCUAAAGUGACAUGUUAUUUAAUUCAUCCACCUACCUCUACAAGGAUGACUGGGGAACAUUUCGUCCAAGGCUUUAAUUGUUCACUUUGUAAAUAUUUGCAUCAGACAUUAUGUUUCUUAAUAGAAAAAGCGUCAUUGAGUUUUAUAUUUUCUUUCUUUUGGAAUUUGACCUCUAAAAUUGUUUAAUGUUGUGACAUAGUGAUAUUUCCCAUUUUGUGUUUUUAAUUAAAUUAUUUCAAAACUAAGAAGUUUACCUGCAGAUGGAUACUACAAAUUGCAGCGCCUAAUGCCGAAUUUUCUUUAAAUGAUAGUUGGGCACAUGCAAAUCCGUGCACAGGAGAUCAUUGACAAUGGAAAAAUCAAACAGUCAAUGAUGACCUUAACUGACAAAAUCCUCCCAACAUUCAACAUCCUGUCUUACCCUCCAAAAACCCAAUAUUAAACUAAUUAGAAGGCUUGGAAGCAUGCAAACCAUGCCUUCAAGCCCUCUGGGUAUGAGAGCCAAGAAUUUUACUUCCUGACUCUCAUACAAUGACCUCAGAUGAGCAUGCGUGGUGCCAUCACAGUCGCCAUGUAGAAUCAUUAUAUACAAUGAUUGUCUAUGAAGGAAUUGUAGGCACAUUGCACCAUGCCGGAGUAGUUUGUUUUUAUAUGUAAUCUAUUUCAGGGUUUCUGUUUUUUGUUUUUGUUUUGUUUUUUUAACAGUUGGUGUAGACCUAAUUGUCAAGGGGCAACACGGCUAUGUCGUUCGGAAUACAGAAAUGUAUUCCUAAUGUCACAGUGUUCUUUUAAAAGAACACUUAUAGUGGUAUUCAGUAUCCCCUGGUAAGUGGGGUCACCGAUCAUAAUGCCUUGCUGCCUAAAAUGUAAUUAUGUUUUUUCCUUGCAAUUAAAAAAAAAAAAAGACGAUCUGAGAAUUGUCAAUAGCAUAGUAGCUUACCAAUUUCUUAGUCUCCGCUUAGGUCUCAAACAAAUUUAGCUAGCUCAGAUAUACCAUUACAGUGAGAAACUAUACCAUAUACAUAUAAAACUAAUCUUACAGUCUCAAUCAAAAUGCCAGCAAAUUCCAUCUACAUCCAAGAAAAACACAAUACUUACAGCAUUUAGUCACAUCAAUAAAGAAUAGCUGAUGGCCCUCUAAACACAGUGAGCAAAGGGGCCACGUUUAAAUGACUCAUUUAACUAGUUAAGGGCAUAAAAACCAAACCAAAAAAGAAUCGAGCUUUCUCUAUGUUAGUGUCCUCAGGAUGUAGUGGCUAUGGAGCUUGCAGGUAAAAUAAAUAUUUUAUUGAGAUGUAACAACCGUUUGUUCCUGUGUCUUUAGAACUGUAAAUACAUAGUUUCAGCAUUGUCAAAUGUAUUCCAAAAUUAAUUUGCUCAUAGAUGUUGGGUCCUAUAAUAAAACAUAAUAUUAUAGUAAAACAUUCUUAUAAUAUCACUAAACAUAUUAAAGAAAAAGUAAAUGGAAAAUGUACUACAAACUCAAAGAGGGCGAGUUAUUUUUGUGAUUAACUACACUUCCUUCACUUUGAUUUAAAGGAACACUAUAGGGUCAGGAACACAAACCUGUCUUCCUGACCCUAUAGUGAAAACCCACCAUUUAGGAAGCUUGCUCAUUGACAGCCGCUAGAGGGCUUCCGCGCUUCUCACUGUGAUUUUCACAGUGAGAAGACACAAUGCUUUCCUAUGGACUGGCUGAAUGCGCACGCAGCUCUUGCCGCGCAUGCGCAUUCAGCCGGUGACGGAAGGAGAGUCCCAGCGCGGAGGGAGCCCGGCUCUGGAAAAAAGGUAAGGGAUUAACCCCUUCCUCCCCCUUCAGCGCCACGGGAGUGGGACCCUGAGGGUGGGGGCACCCUCGGGGCACUAUAGUGCCAGGGAAACAAGUGUGUUUUCCUGGCACUAUAGUGGUCCUUUAAUACUGUACUGCAGAAUCUCAGAGGACAUUUACUUUGCUACAGAGCAAUACCUCCAGGAAGCAUCGUAUGUUCCCUUGUGGUGCACCUGCAUGCUCUGUUUUGUUUUUUGACUUUUAUCAUUAUUUCCAGCUUACUUUUUUCCCAAAUAUUUUAAUAUGUUUGCUCCGAGUUACUUUUUUAGAUUUUCCUGCCAGUUUUCCUAAAUUCCCAGGUUAAUAAAAAUUUCCUACAAUACGUUAGAAGAGGUUGAACGUGAUUUGGUAAUAAAAUGGUUCAGUAUUCUCUGCUUACAAAUUGUGUUCUUGGCCCACGGAUUGCACUCUGCUGCAGAAGAGCUCUGUUGAUAUGUCAGUGGAUCAGACUGAUAUGUAGGAAAUAUUCUGUUCUUAAUCCACAAACAACAUUCAACUACGACAUCAGAAGAGAUGUUCACACGCUGGGGCCAAGAACACUUUGUGCACAUGAAAUAUCUAAACACUGUUUAUUUGAUAUUUCACGUAGUUGUGUGUUUUUUUUUUGGAGAAGGAUUACCCCCUUAACCCCUUCAGGACGGAGUCAAUAGUGCACGUUCUGAUCAAAACAAAACGUAAAUAAAAACUGGAAUUUGCGCUAUAUGUCUGUGCAACCGUAAUUCACCGCUGUCACAUUAAGUGCACCCACACUUAUUAUAUAUCAUUUUGUUCAGGAGAAACAGGGCUUUAAUUUAUCAUUAACUAUUCAUAUAUGGAAAAUAAUUUAUUAUGAAUAAAAUUUAAAGAAAUGUGAGAAAAUAAGAUAAUUUUUUUUAUAUUUGUAUUUCCAUCUGACAUUUUAGCUGUGAAUGUCAUAAUACUGUUAGGUAUUACUACAAAAAAAUGCCCAUAUUUGUAAUCAGCGAUGUCUCACGAGUACAACAGUACCCCCCAUUAACAGGUUUUAUGGUGUUUGGGAAAGUUACAGGGUCAAAUAUAGAACGUUCCAUUUUCAAAUUGAAAUUUGCCAGAUUAGUAAUGUUACCUUUGAAACGGUGUGGUAGCCCAGGAAUGAGAAUUACCCCCAUAAUGGCAUACCAUUUGAAAAAGUAGACAACCCAAGGUAUUGAACGUGGGGUAUGUUUAGUCUUUAGUAGCCACUUAGUCACAAACACUCAAAUGAAAUGCAAGCCUUAUAUGUGACUCUCUAACUUUCCAAAACACCAUAAAACCUGUACAUGGGGGGUACUGUUAUUCUCGGAAGACUUCACUAAACACAAAUAAAAGUGUUUUAAAACAGUAAAACAUAUUACAACAAUAAUAUAGUCCAUAAAAGUGCAGUCCGUUUGCAAAAAACGUCACUUUUACUUAAAAUAUCAUCGUUGUAAUACAAUUUACCAGUUUGAAACACUAAUAUUUGAGUUCAGCGAAGUCUCCCGAGUUAAACAGUACCCCCUAUGUACAGGUUUUAUGGUGUCUUGGAGAGUUACAGGGUCAAAUAUAGUGCUUGCGAAUUAAAUUCUCUGCACUUUCUCCCUGUGUUAUCAGGCAUGUCAAUCAAAUUUUAAUCAAAUCACAUAAUUAUGUUAAAAGAUUACUUAAAUAUACAUGUAGAAUUUUUAUAUAUAUAUGCACUUAUAGUUAUUUAAAUUCUACGUGUAUACUAAUGUAAUCUUUUAUGUAAUUAUAUGUAUUUAUUUAUUUAUUUAUUUGCGGUUAUUUGUAUUUUAUAUAUAGAUAGAUAUAUAUAGAAUGUCAUUCUAAGUGUUUUGUUACCAAUAUAUAUAUAUAUAUAUAUAUAUAUAUAUAUAUAUAUAUAUAUAUUAAUAACAAAAUACAGUUAGAAUGAAAUUACAUAUGAAUAUAUAAUUUAUAUUACAUUUUGUUUCAAUAUUUUAUUUAUUAUUGUAAUUAUACGUGUGUGUGUGUGUGUGUGUGUGUGUGUGUGUAUAUAUAUAUAUAUAUAUAUAUAUAUAUAUGUAUGUAACAUCAUUCUAAGUGUAUUUUAAUACUAAUAUAUGUACUUAUAUUAGUAUUAAAAUACACUUUGUAUGACGUUACAUAUUUAUAAUGUGUGUGUGUGUAUGUGUGUGUGUGUGUAUAUAUAUAUAUAUAUACAAAAAUAUAAGGUACAAAAGGCAAGCACUCACGGUCUUUUCUGGUCUCUUUAAAAGGUUGUUCUUUAUUUCAUUGGUUACAGCUCAAGCUGUUAAGAUCCUGAUGAAAGCCAUGAAGUUUGGCUGAAACGUCGAUCACAUCAAGUUUUAACCAAUGAAAUAAAGAACAACCUUUUAAAGAGACCAGAAAAGACUGUGAGUGCUUGCCUUUUGUACCUUAUAUUUUUGUAUAUUUUUGGCAUUGGUUUAAUAGCACCAGGCACAAUAUUAUUGGAGAGUGUGUGUGCAAGGAUAUAACAAUAUUUUGGAAUAUAUAUAUAUAUAUAUAUAUAUAUAUAUAUAUAUAUAUAUAUAUAUAUAUAUAUAUAUAUAUAUAUAUAUAUAUAUAUAUAUAUAUAUAUCAGAGAAACUGCUAUGUUUAUAAAUGGGUUAAUCCAGCCCUCAAAGCCUCUAGUGGCUGUCUCAUUGACAGCCGCUAGAGGCGCUUGCGUGCUUCUCACUGUGAAAAUCACAGUGAGAACACGCAAGCGUCCAUAGGAAAGCAUUGUAAAUGCUUUCCUAUGAGACCGGCUGAAUGCGCGCGCAGCUCUUGCUACGCGUGCACAUUCAACCGAAUGGGAGGAGAGGAGGAGGAUCGGAGGAGAAGAGCUCCCUGCCCAGCGCUGGAGAAAGGUAAGUUUUAACCCCUUUCCUUUCCCCAGAGCCAGGCGGGAGGGGGACCCUGAGGGUGGGGGCACCCUCAGGGCACUAUAGUGCCAGGAAAACGAGUAUGUUUUCCUGGCACUAUAGUGGUCCUUUAAUAUUUUCAGUCACAACAAAUGAUUACCGUUUUCCACUACAUCUUUGGUAAUCUGCAGUGGUCAGCUGUACCUCCAUAAAACGUGCACUUCAAUGUUGUUUAAAACUUACCAGGAAAAGUUAAAGGAUCUUAACCUGUAUGGCUUGGAGGAAAGACGAGACAGGGGGGAUAUGAGAGAAACAUUUAAAUACAUAAAGGGAAUAAACACAGUAAAGGAGGAGACUAUAUUUAAAAGAAGGAGAAUUACCACAACAAGAGGACAUAGUCUUAAAUUAGAGGAACAAAGGUUUAAAAAUAAUAUCAGGAAGUAUUACUUUACUGAGAGGGUAGUGGAUGCAUGGAAUAGCCUUCCAGCUGAAGUGGUAGAGGUUAACACAGUAAAGGAGUUUAAGCAUGCGUGGGAUAGGCAUAAGGCUAUCGUAACUAUAAGAUAAGGCCAGGAACUAAUGAAAGUAUUUAGAAAAUUGGGCAGACUAGAUGGGCCAAAUGGUUCUUAUCUGCCGUCACAUUCUAUGUUUCUAUGUUUAGAAUGGGAAUUGACUGCUGCACAAUUGUAACGGAGAUCCCUGUACCCCGACUGGGUACCUCUGCCAAAAGACCGCUUCCUAGCUGGAAGAGGGACAAACAGCAGCACUUCUGCCCACAGUGAUUGUGGCUUGACUGGGGUCCUGGAGCCACUCCCUCCUGGAACCAAAAGGGGAAUUCGCUUUAGACACCCCAAGGCACUGGACGACACUCAGUCCUGGGAGCUGUAGUCCUUACAGGGACUUUCUCCAUUGAAUCCUCCACACUGGAACAGUGAUUAAAGAAUAGCCCAUUCCCCUCCCAGUAACUAGACGACACAUAGUUCUGGGAGUACAAGCUGGAAUACCUUUAUUGGCAGCCACAACUGGCCUUGUAUGCAGGUCCCCAUGCAAGGGGCGCUCCCCCCUGGACCUGAGAGUAAACCACAGUAGAAACAAAUACACAAUUACAUUGGCUCUCAGAUCCAGGACACUCCCAUACAUAAUAAGAUAAUCCCUCCCUUGUGCCUGGGAUAUAAUUGAGUCAAGUAUUGUAUUAAACUCAAUUAUCUCCAGGUACAAAACAGUUCCAGCGAAUCAGGGCUUGCGGUCGGUCUAGUUCGGUAGUUUAAAAACCAAACAAACUACCAAGCAUAGUCAAUGUUUUUACCCUGGAGCUUGUUCGUGGAAAUGUUUCCACUGAACAGCGCCUUUCUAAGUGUUGUAGAACCAAACCCAGGCAAUCAUGGAAAUCCAGCGGUGUUCUGGAGUUUCAGUGUCCUAAAAUAGUUCCAUGAACAUGACAACCAAACACCGCUGCCUGGUUUCAUGUGAACAAGAUUGCCGCCACCUCAAAAUCGUCCAUAGGAAUUAUGGCCACCCAGACGAACACUUAGAACACUGUGGUGGAAAUUGCUACAAAGUAUCAAUUAGACUUAACAAGCUCCAAGGUGGUCUCAAGUUCGUGCGGCUGUUCGGUUCCCGAACCAUAUAAUCUAAAUACAUGAAUAGAGACUAUUACAUCACUUUUUACAGGGUCCAUAGUCUAUGGGAAGGAGGCUGGCAAGCAGGCUCCUCCAGGAACUCGUGGCAAACUCAAUUGGAAAGGGGAGUUUGUCAAAACAAUCAUCUCACCUACCCCUAAAUACCACCUCCCAAAAAGUGCCCCAAAUUUGGGAACCGCAUCCUUUCAUACCCCCACUUAAAACCCACCUAUUGAACGUCUUUAUAUUGCCAAGAAGUUAAUGAAAACUACCUUCGUUCAAAGAGUGUAAUCUGAUCUUAAUUACAGUGUUAAAAGAAAGAUGUUUAUGAACCAGUGUCUCAAUUAGCUAAUACAAAUGUUAUAAAAUUUUAAUUUUUUUUAACGUGCUUUGUAUUUUCUGUAUAAUUCCAUAGGCUUCUCUAGAUAUCCUUGGGAUUUAUUAGUGAUGAUACCUAACUGGAAAAUAUGGAUAAAAACAUUGGAGAUCAGCUCAACAAAGCCUUCGAAGCAUAUCGUCAUGUCUGCAUG